AUGCCAAACCAGGAUCUUGUGCCUCAAAGCUCUAUAGCAACGUCUGAGAAACGACCAUCCGGAGAGCUUCCGACCAUACAGAAUGAUACCAGCAGUCCGACUGCACCAGAAUCGGUGGCCGCGGCAUACUGCGUAUACGAGAGAAAGACCAAAUGGGCUCUGGUGGCAAUGGUUGCCAUCAGUGGCUUUUUCAGUCCCUUUCCCGCCAACAUCUAUUUUCCAGCCAUGCCAACCCUGGCCAAGACUUUCAAUGUGUCGCUCGCUUCAAUUGAUCUCACUGUCACGAUAUACCUGGUCAUGCAAGGAGUCUCCCCCAUGCUCUGGGGCCCGUUGUCAGAUCGAUACGGGCGCAGGCCUAUCUUUCUGAUAUGUUUGGCCAUUCUGGUCGCUUCUUGCAUUGGUCUGGCGCUGACUCCGACGAAUGCUUACUGGCUGCUGUUGCUUUUGCGAGCAAUCCAGGCUGGCGGAUGUGCCAGCACAAUCGCUCUAGGAGCCGGAGUGAUAGGAGAUAUCUCGACACCGCAAGAGAGAGGGGGUUUCUUUGGCAUGUUCAACCUUGGACCCAUGCUCGCGCCAUGUAUUGCCCCUGUGUUGGGUGGUGCAUUGUCGGAGGGGUUGGGUUGGAGAUCUAUAUUUUGGUUCCUUACCAUCUCUGCAGCCGCGUGCUUUGCCAUGAUUGCUUUACUUUUGCCAGAAACCCUGAGGAACUUGGUUGGCAAUGGGAGUAUCGCUCCACCCAACGUCCUACAUCAUGCAUGGUGGAAGGUCAUUCGGGUUGGAACACUCAAACCCAUGACUGAUAGCGGUAUGGUGGCCGGUCGUCCAUCUCCCAACGUGUUGAAACUGCUUGUCUACCCGGACGUACUUCUGACGCUGUUCUACACUGGUGUCGUGUAUGCCGUCAACUAUACGAUCACCGCGACAAUCUCUUCAUCUUUUGCCAACAUAUAUCCUGAAUUAUCAACGACCUCGAUAGGAUUGUGCUACCUUGCCACUGGGGGCGGAAUGAUUUUGGGAUCCUCCUUGACAGGAAAAUUGUUGGAUCUCGAAUAUGUGAGGAUCAAAAAAAGGCGGAAUCGGUGUGGUGCAGAGAGCGAUGAGGCAAGGAUUGGAUUCCCCAUUGAAAAAGCUCGAUUGAGGUUGAUGCCCAUUCUCUUGAUAAUCUUUCUUGGAUGUGUCAUAUCAUGGGGCUGGUGUUUGAAGAAGAGGAUUUCAAUCGCCGGACCACUGGUUCUCCAGUUCAUCCUUGGAUACACCUCUAUCGCAAUCCUUAAUGCGACGAUGACGUUGAUGAUUGAUAUUCUACCUGCGCAGAGCUCGGGGAUAAUAGCAUGUACCAAUCUUGUUCGUUGCUCGCUGGCUGCUGUUCUGGUAUCUGUGAUUGACAGAUCGACGAACUCCAUUGGCUAUGCAUGGACGUAUGUGAUCCUAGGUGGGCUGUGUCUUUUUCUCCUGCCACUGAUGUAUGUGGAGAUGAGUCACGGUCCCCAAUGGCGAAUGAGACGAGAUUUAAACCAAAGUCAAUAG